UUUUUCCUUUUCGGCUUUCUGGAAAAAUUUUCAAAAUUUAAAUUUCCCACUUUUUGGUUCCAAAUUUUUAAAGCUCAAUGUCGAUGUGGAAACAAGUAUCUGGUAGGUCUCGAUGCCUGCUAGGAAAAGCGGGGAUUCUAAAUUCUGUUGGGCUUCGACGCUUUUCGGAGAAGGGCCACAAUCCCACUCCAACAUGCAUGGAGAGAAGUAAGAUUUCGCAACAGAACACUGACGCUUGCGUCGAUGACCACCCCAAGGCACGCAAGGCGGAGAAUAUUGAAGAAACUUUUCCCUUCUACAACCUUAUAAAAUUCAGCAAGGAUUGCUGUGAAAUGGAUUGCGCGGAGCUAGAGUUUCCUGGCUUUGACAAGUGUCUCUACAAAGAAUCAGACAAGAACAAGCGCAAGUACCAGAUCACCUGGGUGGAGUGUCCACCUAUUGAAAUCAAGCCAAAGAAGAUCUGUUGCCAUGUCAAGGAUGCGCGCCCACCUUUUGAGCGUCGCAAGCCCAAGGAAAGACCCAGCACGGCCUGCAAGCCACCUGUCGAAAAGUGUGAGGAAUUGGAAUGUCCAAAACUUACAAUGCCCCACUGUAGGCCUGUGCGUGUUCCAGUCAAGUGCCAACGUAUCAGAUAUCCCUCUGAUUGCGUAAAGGUGAAGGCGCCAUAUCCAGCCUUCUCGGAGUGCUCCCGUCCCAAGCUGCGCAAGAGGCGCAGAUCCGAAUGCCAUUGCUGGGAUGAAAUACCAAUGUGCGAGCUGCUCAGGGUUCUAAACAGGCGUCUCAUUACCGGCAAUAUAAGCAUGAAUCCCUGCAAGCCCUAACAAACUGAUGGUUAUCAAGGCUACACAUUGACUGGGUGUUUAGCUAGAGUAGCAGACAGUAUAAUUGGCAUUAAUAGAAUCAAUUGAUCGUAGACUCUAUUUGAAAAUCAGAGGCGUUAAUAGAACAUUAUUCAUUCGAAUUCAUAAUAAAUAAAUACUGAUUCUAAA